CCCGCGCCGCCGCCGCCCCGCCCAGAUCCCCGGCCUCGGGAUUCGUUCCGCCGCUCUGCCGAUACUCGCCCGCCGCCGCGGUCGCCAAAAUGUCGACAGGUGCACCUGCUGGUCCCAGCACUGCCGCUGGCAGUAAUCGAAGACUUCAGCAGACACAGAACCAAGUGGAUGAGGUGGUGGACAUCAUGCGAGUCAAUGUGGACAAGGUAUUGGAGAGAGACCAGAAGCUCUCUGAGUUAGACGACCGCGCAGACGCUCUGCAGGCAGGGGCUUCCCAGUUCGAAACGAACGCUGCCAAGUUGAAGAGGAAGUACUGGUGGAAGAACUGCAAGAUGUGGGCCAUAGGUGUCAGCAUCGUGGUCAUCAUCAUCAUCAUCAUCAUCGUGUUGAGCAUUUCUCCGUGAAGAACCAGUGAAACUCAGCCUUCUGUUCCAGACACCUCUUCAGGAUUUUUGACUUAGAACCUGCUUUAUCAUCGAGCUUACAUAUUGUAAUAUCUAAAAUGUUUAUUUUCUGUUAGUUAAUGUAAAGUUUGAUUUUUAGAAAAUGUGCCUUUUUAAAAAUAUGCACUCUAACCCAGAAGUGUGGUCAGUGCAGCCCACAUUUCGCACAGUGCCUUUACGGAUGUACACGCGGGCUGAUGGCGAGGGCUCCUUCAACUUCAGGGUGUCACAACCUAGAAGUAACAUUGUCUAGUUGCCAUUAAUUCCAGGUAAGGGGAUUUUUUCUAAGUGAGCUAUCCUUGCCAUAGGACCUUAUCUACAGAACCGCAUUUUAAACCUUCGGGUAAUCAGAGUUUCAAUUUGUGCCUCCAGAGAUAACACUACUGUCUAACUGAAGUUUGUGACAAUGACAUGCUGUGCCUUAUUUCUCCACUUUUCCGAUUCCCUCCAAGGGAACCCUCUACUGUUUAUGAGCACUACUGACUCUUUCAAUAUAUUUAAACUAGGAUGCUGGUAAAGAAUUUUUGCUUUUACAUUAGAUACAAAGAUGUUUACUUUCGUGUUACUGUUUUGUAUCAUUUGCUAAAAAUAUUUUAAUCAGAAAUAAUCUCUUAAAACAUUUUUAUAGAACUAUGGCUGUGACCAAAGUUUCUCUUUUGCCAAAAAGUUAAAUCCCAAUAAAAUGCCCUUAAGUCUGUUCCUGACCUGACAGAUAAAUCUGAAAAGCGACAGAUGGAAUGCAAGGUGCCCUUCAGAAUUAAAGUUGUAAUAUCACUUGUGAAGCUUCUAUAUCCUGACAGGGCCUUCUUGCUUGUGAAAUACUGUGGGUGGUGCAGCGCCCUUUCCUAGUCAGCAUUUCUCCCGGGGUCAGAGAAGGCUCGGGCUAGACCCCGCCCCGCUCCUACCCAGAGACAGAUUGCAGAACACCAGCUGUGGGCUCCAGUAUGUUUCUAAGAAUUAUGUGAGCAACAAUUUUGUAGCCUUCAAGCAAGACAUCUGUGAACUGAUCAUUAUUUCGCCCAGUCCUCAGAGGCUAUAGCUUUUUGAAGUCUGUUUCUGUUUUUACUCAUAUUCCAAAUCCUACGUCUGUCUGUUAAAUUAUGCUUUCAAUUAGCAUUGGUCAGGGGUGGCUGACUUUUCACAGAAACAGCUGACCAGAGACACUUACUUUCUUCAGUGCAUUGGACUGUUGCACAAGAGGCUGCUUUGGAAAUGGCUGUUGUCAUCCAAGAGACUUUUGUUGAGACUUUCAACAUCAGGCUGUGUGGCCUAAGGACAGGAAUUAGUCUGAAUGAAACAGGCAAGGAGGCGCUGAGGGAGGAACGCAGAGGUUUACCACUGUGUGGCCCAUUGUACUGGAAUAUUCUAAAAUUCUUUUCACGUGCUAGUAUGUGACUUACAAAGCAUCAAUGGCUGAGGCACACCAGGACACCGGUUCCAUUUCUUUGGUAUCUGUUCCCCUGUCAGCACUGAAAUGACAUCAUGUUGGAAACAGGCCCAGUGGCUGUGAGAGGGAGGCAGCAGUCAGUGUCGGGGUGGGAGCCCCACCUGGGCCCAGGGACUCUGGCCAGGCCCGACCCAAAACUCUGGUGCUCUCCUUGGCCUCGAUGCUCAGUCCCAGGUAACCCGCCGGCUCCUGCACUAACCCAGGAAUACCUCGCUGUAUCUGUGCUAAUUUAGCUGGGAACUUGCCCACUGAAAUGAACUGAAUAAAGUGUUAUAAA